AUGUUGCAAACUACAACAGUUGCAGAAUAUUUGUUCACACGUUUAAAGCAACUGGGUGUCGGUGCGGUCCACGGCAUUCCAGGAGACUACAAUCUUCGUUUACUGGACUAUGUUGUUCCUUCUGGGCUCCUCUGGGUGGGCAACACUAACGAACUAAACGCUGGAUAUGCUGCAGAUGGGUAUGCACGGAUCAACGGCCUUGGGGCUCUGAUCACCACGUAUGGAGUCGGCGAGCUAUCAGCCAUUAAUGCUAUUGCCUGCGCAUUCACCGAGCGAGCCCCAGUCAUACAUAUCGUGGGCACGCCUCCUCGAAACACCCAAUCAUCGCGGCUGAUGGUACACCAUACCCUCGGGGAUGGAGACUAUCGACACUUCGGCCAGAUGCAAUCGCACGUCACCGUCGCGCAGACUAAUUUGCUUGAUCCUCGUACUGCUCCCCAGCAGAUCGAUCAAGUUCUGCAGCAAUGUAUGAUACAUUGCAGACCAGUCUACAUCGAAGUCCCUCUAGACAUUGUUUCGGCCUCGGUCGUCGCAGAAAACCUUACUCACGAAAUCGCCGUUCCUAGAGACGUCCCUAACCCUGCUUACGACGUGAUAUUGGACAGCGUUCUCGAGAGAAUGUACAGUGCGGAAAGGCCUGUUAUCCUGGUGGACGGGGAGACAAGAGCACUGGGCAUCUUGGACCACGUCGAAAGAAUGGUAUCAUCAACGGUAUGGCCUACGUUCACGACAACCUCCGGCAAAGGCCUUAUAAAUGAAACACUCCUCAAUGUCCAUGGUAUGUAUCGCGGCAGCUUCGCAGACGCCACCACCAAGGCUUUCAUUGAUGGAUCCGAUCUAGCCUUGUACUUCGGUCCUCACCUCAGCUCCACCAAUACUUACAAUUGGACUGGCGUGCCCCAAACAGCUGCCGCCAUCUGCUUUAGUUGGGAUGGUAUCAAGAUUGGUGACGUGCUCCAUCGCGACAUUUCGCCACAAUACGCUCUCACCCAGAUCCUGCGGAAAUUGGACUUGAAGAGACUAAAGAAAAGUGACAGCUGCCCGACUUUCCCUCGUGGCCAGCUUUUGUCCUUCUCAGAAGUUUCCGGCGACGAGUCUAUCAAGCAAGACAAAGUUUGGCGUCUUCUCAAUUCCUUCUUGCGGCCUGGAGAUAUUGUCUUUGGCGAAACCGGGACCGCGGGAUAUGGCGUUCGAGAGAUGCUCUUGCCCGAGCAUACAAGACUCUUUACCCCCAUUACUUGGCUUUCUAUCGGAUACAUGCUCCCCGCUUGUCAGGGCGCGGCAUUGGCCCAGCGCGAACUGAUGGCUUCGUCGAAGUAUCACGAAAUCGAGGGCGCUCGAACCGUUCUAUUCAUCGGUGACGGCAGCUUCCAGAUGACCGCCCAGGAACUUGCGACCAUCAUUAGACACGAUCUCAACGUGGUGGUGUUCCUGAUUAAUAACGACGGUUAUACCAUAGAGCGCUGUAUUCAUGGCAUGAAAAAAGGUUAUAAUGAUAUCUCCACCUGGCGCUAUCUGAAAGCACCCAGCUUUUUCGGUGCACCAGAAGAUGCCUUCACUGCGUCCGCCAGGACGUAUGGCGAGCUUGAGCAGGUACUCAAACAGGAGAAGCUUGCGAAUGGGACGGGAGUGAGGAUGGUGGAAAUUUAUAUGGACCGGUAUGAUGCGCCGGCUGGCCCGCUGACUAUGUUGCUCGACCGGCAGAAAGAAGCAAAGGGUGUUGAUCUGUGA